ACGAGACACGCUCGGGGGGACGGUCGCGACGGUGCUGGAUGCGGACGGAACCUCGUUUGAGUCGCUUCGGCCGACCCUCCGCCUUCCUUCGUCGCACCCACUCACAACGACUCUGACGGCCCACACAACAAGCUCGCUCCCGACCACUACGACUCUACAAUCCCCGGAAGGCAGGCCGUCGUUCACUACCCGCGAUGCCCACUCGGGUGAGCUCCGCUGCUGCAUUGUCGGCCACGAACGAAGAGGGGGUUCCCGUCGGCCCUCACGGUGCACCCUCCGACCCUGCCUGGCGUCGUCAGCGGCUGCUCCGCAUUGGGAACGAAGCUUCCGAGUUGGGUGAGACGUCUGCCUUGCGUCCACCUGGUCCAAUUCGCGCGACUUCGUAUGGAACCGUCACUGCUUAUAGCAGGGCCAAGGCCAAAUCGAGCUUCGCGGCUCGUCGAGGAUUGAGCACCAUACCCAAGAUACGUAUACCCUUGUACUCCGAGUCUACCCCCGUCUCCCCCCGCUCCGCGUUCUCGUACAAGGAUUCCUACUUCGCCGGCCAGCGCCCGAUCUCCGCGUAUGAUAAACCUCCCGAGAGCGAGGCUGAUUCUCCGGACGGUAAUGCGGACGUCAAGACGAAUGGAAUCCGAGUGUGGUACUCAUCCUUCACGUCCAUCGACUGGUUGCACGAUGCGAUCAAGGACCAAGCGCGCCAGGCACGUAUCCGGAAGCGCAAGUCGAAGCGAGGGCGCAUUAUACGUCAGCUGGACAGGAGCAUAGGAUGGAUCAUCGUUACUAUUGUAGGCUUCUUGACGGCAAUUGUCGCGUUCAGCGUCGUACGGGGCGAACAGUGGCUGUUCGACAUCAAGGAGGGGUACUGUCGGGGCGCUUGGACGAAGGCCAAGCGGUUUUGUUGUAGGGUAGAGGACGACACACUAUUCAGUACGCCGGCGCCAUUGUUCCUCACGCUCAAUGUGGAGGAGGACUGCGAUGCGUGGCGCUCGUGGGCCAGCGUCUUCGGGGAUCUGAUUGAGAAGAACGGUGAAUGGAUGGGGCUCAAAGCCGAGAUGUCCCAAUACAUUGCCUAUGCAGUCAUUGCGCUAACCUGGGCAGUGUUGUCGGCGUUGCUGACCAUUCACCUCACUUCGUCGAAUUCGUUCAUCACACGGAAGGACUCCGGAGUACUUGCGCCAGACUUCGCAGAUGCCGACGAAGACCAGAAAGCUGCAGCUGUUCCCGCCGGGGAGCCGAAACGCAAGGUUAUGUACUACGCUGCAGGCAGCGGGAUCCCAGAGAUCAAGACGAUCCUGUCGGGCUUUGUCAUACACGGCUAUCUUGGUGCCAGGACUCUAUUCACGAAGUCAAUCGGCCUGGCGCUCUCCGUCGCGUCCGGUCUUUCUCUCGGUAAGGAGGGCCCCUUCGUGCACAUCGCCUCUUGCAUCGGCAACAUCGUCAGUCGGUUCUUCAGCAAAUAUGAGACCAACGAAGGCAAACGGCGGGAGAUUCUCAGUGCUGCGUGUGCUGCAGGAGUAGCUGUAGCCUUCGGUGCUCCCAUCGGCGGUGUCCUGUUUAGCUUGGAAGAAGUUUCGUAUUUCUUCCCGGCGAAGGUUAUGUGGAGAAGUUUCUUCUGCGCCAUGGUGGCUGCGAUGACGCUCAAGUUUCUCGACCCCUUCGGCAGCGGCAAGCUUGUGUUGUUCCAGGUCACCUACGACAAGGACUGGCAUGCAUAUGAGCUGGUCUUCUUCCUUAUGCUCGGUGUAUUCGGUGGUGUCUAUGGUGCAUGGUUCUCAAGGCUGAACUUCCGCUGGAGUCGCGAUGUCCGCAACGCUACGUGGCUCAAGACACACCCCGUCGCGGAAGUCUUCCUGGUGACCCUCGCCACCACUGUCCUCUCGUUCGUGAACCCUUACACCCGGAUGGGGGGCACUGAGCUUGUGUACAACCUCUUCGCGGAGUGCCGCACCGGCAGCACGAACACCCACCUAGGACUAUGCGUUCUGAACCCUCCAGAGCAGGCCAUGGCUGUCAUCCAAUCCAUCUUCGUUGCGCUGGUCAUCAAGGGCGCGCUCACCAUCAUCACGUUCGGGAUUAAGGUCCCCGCGGGUAUCUUCGUUCCGUCACUCGCUGUCGGAGCAUGUGCUGGCCGUAUUCUGGGUAUCCUCGUGCAGUGGUGGCAGUUCUCGCGUCCGGAUAGCGCAAUAUUCGCAAGCUGCAAGGGCGAUCUUAACUGUGUCAUCCCGGGAUUGUACGCCAUGGUUGGAGCUGCUGCAAGUUUGUCAGGUGUGACGCGUACGACCGUGUCACUAGCGGUCAUCAUGUUCGAGCUGACGGACACACUGACCUAUGCUGUUCCCGUCAUGUUCUCGGUUCUGGUAGCGAAGACGGUGGCAGAUGCCCUUGAGCCCAAGGGUAUCUAUGAUCUGUGCAUUGACCUCUCAGAGCUGCCGUACUUGGAUGCAAAACAUGAGUACGUGUGGGCAAAGCUGCAGAUUGACGACGUCACCGACCGCGACGUCGACGUCAUUCGUGUUGACCGAGAGAACACAGUUAAGAGCUUGAGGGACCAGCUGCAAGGGCUCAUCGUGACAGGGAAUUCCGACGGUGGUUUCCCGAUCGUGAGGAGCGACGAUGGCGGGCUGCGCAUGGUUGGUUACAUAGGAGCUAGCGAGUUGGAGCACGCUCUGAGCAUCGCCGCCGAUGAAGCAGAUCAACCGGUCAAGUUCUCAAACUCUGGCCUUUACGGGCACGGCGGCGCGAUGACGUCUUCGAUGUCAUCGUUGGAAGCCGGAUCCACCAUGGGCGUUGUCGAUCCUUUCGACUUCUCCCCGUACAUGGAUCAGGCACCGCUGACGGUUCAAUCCAACUCGCCUCUGGAGCUCGUUCAACAGUUCUUCGUCAAGCUCGGUGCUCGCUAUAUUGUCGUCAUCGAUGCCGACGGGUAUUACGAGGGCGUCAUCGAUAAGAAGGCGUGGCUCACCUUCCUGUCGCAGCUGCAAGAGCACUGAUUCCGGAGGAGGGCGGUCGGUCACUCAUGUUUUCCUCACAGGAUGUUCUACGAUGGGGAUUUGGAUCAAGGCUCACACUCAUCGCAUAUCGUUCACACCCGCAUUCCUCGUCACACACACUAUCACACAAACCGCAAUCCGUAUUCUAUUGCAUCGCUCAACUCUCGGCAACGUCCCAGGAUGUACUGUACCAGUCUCCCAUAGUUUUAUGACAAUUGACUCGCAUUAUUUGAUCCACUA